AUGAGUGGACAAUUCAAUGGGGUUCAGUCUAGAAUACGGAAAAAAUAUCCGAAAGCAAUGUUUGUACAUUGCGCAGCUCAUAGAUUGAAUUUAGCACUCUCGUCAGCUUUAUCAAUAUCAAGUGUAAGAAAUAGCCUCGGCGUUAUAAAGGAUGUUAUACAUUUAUUUAGAAACAAUGCCUUAGCCGGUCAUACUCUUAAAAAUAAUAUUUCAAAGUAUGUUCCUGAAUCUAAAAGAACUCGUUUGGUUGGUCUAUUAUUUUCUCCAUCGGAGGAUAAAAUUCUUAUUCAAGAAGUACAGGCCAAUUCUAUUUUGUAUGAUUUGGCCGAUGCUAAUUACAAAAACAUUAUUAUGAAGGAUAAUAUCUGGAAGGAAAUAUCCCUCAAGAUUGGAAAAUCUGUAGACGAUACAAAAAAGCGCUGGAAGAACAUUCGCAAUUCAUAUUCCAGAAAUAAGAGAAAGCCGGGAACAGGAUCAGCAGCAACUAAAAAAAAAUGGAACUUGGCACCUCACCUUAGUUUUUUGGAUCGACUUGAAUAUGAGCGAGCAUCGACUUCCAACGUCACCGAGGUUCAAGAAAUGGAUACCACUCACAAUGAAAAAAAUGACGAGGUUUUUAGUGACAGAGAAAAUAGUUUAUCAACUGAAACACCGCCAACUAAAAAAUCCAAAUAUAUACCUGCACAAUAUCUUCAACGAUCAAACGAACGAAAUGAAUUAAUUAAAAAAAAUACAAGCUCGCAAUGAGCAACUUUAACGAGGGAGGAAGAAAAAUUGGACGAAAUUGACAUGUUUUUCAGAGGUUUAGCUAUAACAGCCAAAAAAUUUCCGAGUAAGGGAAGAAUUGAAGCAAAAAAAAAAAUAUUUGCAUUAAUGACCGAGUUGUAGGAAAAAUACUUAGUUCAAGAACAACCAGUUCCUCAAUU